AUGAUGAAGAGACAGAAUGUCCGAACCCUUUCCCUGGUGGUAUGCACUUUUACCUAUCUUUUAAUUGGAGCUGCAGUCUUCGACUCCCUGGAGUCCCCAACGGAGGCCAAAAGAUGGGAUUUCCUACAGACCGUCAAAAACAACUUUGUUAGAAAGUACAAUGUGACUGACGAGGAUUUCCGUGUGAUGGAAAUCGUCAUUAUUGAAAAUAAGCCCCACAAGGCCGGACCUCAGUGGAAAUUUGCUGGAGCUUUCUACUUCAGCACGGUUGUACUGGCUAUGAUAGGAUAUGGACAUUCCACGCCAGUCACAAUUCCGGGAAAAGCCUUUUGUAUGGGCUAUGCUAUGGUGGGCAUCCCUCUGGGUCUGGUGAUGUUCCAGUCGAUCGGAGAACGUCUCAAUAAGUUCGCAUCUGUGAUUAUAAGGCGGGCAAAGAGAGCCAGUGGAGCUCGUUGUACGGAUGCCACCGAGAUGAACCUCAUGUUGGCCACCGGAAUGCUCUCCUCCAUUAUAAUCACGACUGGAGCUGCAGUAUUUUCCCGAUACGAGGGAUGGAGCUACUUCGAUAGCUUCUACUAUUGCUUCGUCACCUUGACGACAAUUGGCUUCGGCGAUUAUGUGGCAUUGCAGAACGAUCAAGCUCUUACUAAUAAGCCUGGUUAUGUGGCACUGAGCUUGGUCUUCAUCCUGUUCGGCUUGGCCGUGGUGGCCGCCAGUAUUAAUCUGCUGGUGCUUCGCUUCAUGACCAUGCAAGCGGAGGAUGCCAAGAGAGAUGAGCAGGAUGCUCAGAACCUGGCCGGAAAUGCCCAGCCGGUGACCUUCGAUGAUGAGUCCACGUACAACAUGCAUGGCAAGCUGCUGGAGAACAACUACACCACGGAGAACGAUGAGACCGCCUCUCUGUGUUCCUGCACCUGCAUGGGUGGCACAAGGUGCCUGAAUCAUGAGCAGUUCGUGGAUCCGGACUUCCAGCCCACCGACAUCAUCGAGAGCACCUUGUGCCUGAAGCGAGCCUCCGUCUGAUAUCCGUACAGCCAGCUGUGGGACUCCUCCUUGUAGGAGCCAGAGCCAAUGGAUCAGCAAAUCGUAGUUACAAUCCUGUAGAGACCCAGCCGCCGCCAAAAUUUGGUUGUUAGACGAACCUUCCCUACGUAGAUUUUACACAAGGAUGGGUCGAUUAUAUUUGGAGUUUGGAGGGCAAGGUCAAAAGACUUUAAAAGGCGCUUUUUGCAGAAGGAACAGUCGACCCAUCCCAUUAUACACCCAUAUACCCAUUUACAAAGGAGAAAACUCCACAACAUCCAUGUCAAUAUCAAUCGUAUCAUCUGGUCGUUGGCCUUGGAAUCCUCUAUUGGUUCUAGGGCAACGCCAAAUCCAUCCCAUCUCGAAUUUUAGCCGUAUAUUCGAUUAUCUAAGUACUAUUAAAGUUUUUGCUCAAAACCAAA